UGUUGUUGUUUUUUAGGUGUUUUAUCUUGUGUUUUAUAUUGUAAAGGAUUUUUGGGGGUAUCUGAAAUAAGCUCAAAAUUUUCGGGUCAGCAGGUGGUCAAGCGAGCGUCUGCAGCAGUUGGUCUAGCGAAGGGGCAACGCCAUCUUAAUCAUACACAAUGUUCAGUGGAUUGUGGGAAGCUGCCAAGAACUCCCCCUUCCAGCGUGUGGGGGAGGCGCACUGCGAUGCCCCUCAGAAACAACUGGUCGCUGGCCGCACCAUCUCCGCUGCCAACGCCGAGCAGAACAGCUGUGAGUAUGGCUCCUUGAAGUACUACGCCCUGUGUGGCUUUGGUGGUCUGCUCAGCUGUGGCGUCACCCACACCGCCGUGGUGCCGCUCGACUUGGUCAAGUGCAGGAUUCAGGUCGACCCAGACAAGUACAAAGGAAUCGUCAAUGGCUUCAAGGUGUCGGUGCGGGAGGAAGGCUUCCGCAGCUUGGCCAAGGGCUGGGCGCCAACAUGCAUCGGCUACUCCAUGCAGGGAGUUUGCAAGUUUGGUUUCUAUGAAGUGUUCAAGAUAUUGUACAGCAACAUGAUCGGGGAGGAAAACUCCUACCUGUACCGCACUUCCCUGUACCUCGCCGCCUCAGCCUCGGCAGAGUUCUUUGCCGACAUCGCACUGUCCCCCAUGGAGGCUGUCAAGGUGCGUAUCCAGACCCAGCCCGGCUUUGCGUCCACCCUGCGUGCCGCUGCCCCCAUCAUCUACAACCAGGAGGGUCUGUGGGGCUUCUACAAGGGUGUCGUGCCCCUCUGGUGCAGACAGAUCCCCUACACCAUGAUGAAGUUCGCCUGCUUUGAGCGCACCGUGGAGGCACUGUACCAGUACGUGGUGCCUAAGCCCAGGGACCAGUGCACCAAGUCAGAGCAGCUGGUGGUGACCUUCGCCGCCGGUUACAUCGCUGGUGUGUUCUGUGCCAUCGUGUCCCAUCCUGCCGACACCAUUGUGUCCAAGCUGAACCAGGACAAGGGCUCCACCGCAGUCGGAGUUGCCAAGAAGCUCGGCAUGGCAGGACUAUGGAAGGGCCUGUUCCCGCGUAUCAUCAUGAUCGGAACCUUGACCGCCCUGCAAUGGUUCAUCUACGACGCCGUGAAAGUGACCCUUGGCCUGCCCCGCCCUCCACCCCCCUCCAUGCCAGAGUCCCUCAGGCUCAAGCUGGAAGCCAAACAAGCCUAGACCACACCCUGAACCAUUCCAGGUUGAAGCCAUUCAUUAUUUAUUCUUUGGACGAGGAAGUGGACAGGUGACAUGAACCCCGAACAUCAAAUUUUGUAAAAGUCAACAUUGGGGUUUAUGGAGCUUUCUGUUUUUGAGGACCUAGCUGUUGUACAAUAUCUAAGUAUUUCUUGUAUAUACAAAGUGAAUAAUUUUUGGUUUUUAGCCAACCCAAACAUUAUUUUCUUCCUGUACUUGUCUGUUUAAUUGUGACUCCUGUACAUAAGAUAAAGUUGUAUAAUAAACAAAAUUAAACUAG